UGAAAACACACCUUUUCCCUCUCUCUACUCUGAGAAAGUCACUGUUUUCGGCCGACGAAGUUUUUAACCCUAAAACCUAAAUGAACAAAGAAAUGGAGUCGCCGGAAUCCCAGAUUCCCUGUUUGGGUCUUCAUAUUUUUCUCUAAAUGCUCUUUUAUAUGAAGAAGCCUCCUUGGAUGUCUCCAUUUUUUCCGUUGGUAUAGAUUUGCGUUUUAGUACUUGCUGUGGAUGCUAGAUUAUGGAUGAGGUUGAAGAGAACUUAGUUGUGGCUAGUGAUGCCAAGUUACAUGGAGAAAUGUGGAAGAUACUUUCUGCAAUUUAUUGCAAAAUCAUAUCCAUAUUCCCGUCAUUGGAAGCAGCACGGCCUAGGAGCAAAUCUGGCAUUCAGGCAUUAUGCUCAUUGCAUAUGGCACUAGAGAAGGCGAAAAAUGUCCUUCAACACUGUUCAACAUGUAGUAAACUUUACUUGGCUAUCACUGGAGAUUCUGUUCUUUUAAAAUUUGAGAAGGCAAAAUGUGCUCUUAUCGACAGUCUUAGGCGUGUAGAAGAUAUAGUUCCUCAGUCCAUUGGAUGUCAGAUUUUGGAGAUUGUAAGUGAACUAGAGGGGACUGUUUUCUCACUCGAUGCAUCUGAGAAGCAAGUUGGCGAUGAAAUGAUUACAUUACUCCAGCAUGGGAGAAAAUUUGAUGAAGGUAAUGACAAUAAUGAGCUCGAGUUGUUUCACCAGGCUGCUAUUAGACUUGGUAUAACUUCCUCUAGAGCAGCCCUAACAGAAAGAAGGGCCCUUAAGAAGCUUAUAGAGAGAGCUCGUGCAGAGGAAGACAAGAGGAAGGAGUCUAUUGUGGCUUAUCUUUUGCACCUCAUGAGAAAAUACUCCAAAUUGUUCAGAAGUGAGGUUUCAGAUGAUAAUGAUUCUCAGGGUUCGACGCCUUGUUCCCCCACUAUUCUAGGUUCUCUUGAGGAUGGAGGGGAUGCUGGUAAUGGCCAGGCAUUUGAGCGACAUUUAUCGAAGCUCAGUUCUUUCAAUUUCAAGCCAAAUAUUAAAAGAUUUGGGCAGAUGCCCCUUCCACCUGAAGAAUUACGAUGUCCGAUAUCAUUACAGCUCAUGUAUGAUCCGGUCAUAAUCGCCUCUGGACAGACAUAUGAAAGGAUCUGUAUUGAGAAAUGGUUUGGUGACGGCCAUGACACAUGCCCGAAGACUCAACAGAAGCUCCCACAUCUCUCUCUGACUCCUAAUUACUGUGUUAAGGGUCUCAUUGCUAGUUGGUGUGAACAAAAUGGACUUCCUAAUCCUGAUGGUCCCCCGGAGUCUCUUGAUCUUAACUAUUGGAGAUUGGCCUUGUCCGAGUCUGAGACUGCAAAUUCAAGAUCCGUGAAUAGUGUCAGUUCAUGUAACCUAAAAGGGGUUAAGGUCAGUCCUUUAGAGGAGAGUGGUACCAUUGAAGAAGUGGAAGGAAAUGAAGCUGACAAUGAGCCUCCAUGCCCUCAGGAAGAAGUUUAUGAGGUUAAUGUGCUAGAGAGAUAUCAGGAUUUGCUAUCUGUUCUGAAUGAAGAAGAGAACAUGAGGAAAAGAUGCAAAGUCGUGGAACAAAUCAGGAUUUUGCUGAAAGAUGAUGAGGAGGCCAGGAUUUUUAUGGGGGCUAAUGGCUUUGUUGAAGGAUUGCUGCGAUUUCUAGAGUCAGCUGUGCGUGAAGGGAAUGCAAUGGCUCAGGAAACCGGGGCAAUGGCACUCUUUAACCUCGCCGUCAACAAUAACAGAAACAAGGAAUUGAUGUUAGCAGCUGGAGUGAUUCUGUUGCUGGAAGAUAUGCUUUCCAACUCCAAUGCCAAUGAAUCAGCAACGGCUCUCUAUCUUAAUCUCUCUUGCCUUGAGCAAGCCAAGUCUAUCAUAGGCUCAAGUAAGGCUGUCCCAUUUUUAGUCCAGCUACUUGGAGGUGAGACUGAUCUGCAAUGCAAGCUCGAUGCACUUCACACCCUAUAUAACCUCUCUACCAUGCACUCUAAUAUCCCGAGCCUUCUUUCUGCCGGCAUAGUCAAUGGCCUACAGCCACUUGUGGUUUCCGGUGACCAAGCUUGGACAGAGAAAUCUAUUGCAGUUUUACUAAAUUUAGCGUCAAGUCAAGCUGGAAAAUCCGAGAUAAUGUCAGCAUCUGGUCUCAUAAGUGGUCUAGCAUCUGUUUUGGAUGCUGGGGAAUUGAUUGAGCAAGAGCAAGCCGUUUCAUGCCUUCUACAUCUUUGUAGUGGAGACGAGAAAUGCAGUCAAAUGGUUCUACAAGAAGGUGUGAUUCCAGCAUUGGUAUCAAUAUCCGUGAACGGAACGACAAGAGGGAGGGAGAAGUCACAAAAACUUCUGAUGCUCUUUCGUGAGCAGCGGCAACGAGAUCAUCUUCCAGCACAAGCAGACCCAAGUAUAGAAACCAGUGAGGAUCCCAUGCCCACACCAGCAGCGGCUCAAGAAUCCAACCCACAGUGUAAGUCGGCAUCGAGGAAAAAAAUGGGGAGAGCCUUGAGCUUUCUAUGGAAGAGCAAGAGCUACUCUGUUUCCCAGUGUUAAAAGUGUUUGCAAGCUAAUGUAGAUUUCCCACUGUAUCUUCUUUUCUAGUUCUCAUGUCCUGUUCCAAUGGACAGUAUUUUCUCUCUCUUUUUUUUUUUUUUUUUUGGGGGGGGGGUUAUAAUAGAGAAGCAGAAAUGUACAGGCCCUUUGUAUUCUAAGGAUUUUUGGCUUCUUUUUUUUUCAAGUUAUGGAUAGGAAGUACAUGUAUUUUAUGUAUGCCAUAAUUAAGGGUUAGAUUCA